AUGAGUAAGAAAAUGGACUUAAAUUCUUCAUUCGAUUGGCCUCACUUGCUGAGUUAUAAUGGGACAUACAAGUACCUCUACUUCGAAGGCAAUGUCUCCUACGUGGACUUCUACCUUCAUCAACCUUCAGUGGCAGCUGUCUUCAUCGUCUCAUACCUCUUAAUCUUCCUGCUUUGUAUGGUUGGCAACGGAGUGGUUUGCUAUAUUGUUCUGAGGAGCAAACACAUGCGUACAGUCACAAAUCUUUUCAUCUUAAACCUGGCUGUCAGCGAUUUACUGGUGGGAAUCUUCUGCAUGCCCACCACUCUCCUGGACAACAUCAUUGCAGGAUGGCCAUUUGGGAGCAUGGUUUGCAAGAUGAGUGGGAUGGUCCAAGGAAUCUCUGUCUCUGCCUCUGUCUUCACUCUGGUUGCGAUUGCUAUAGAUAGGUUUCGAUGCAUCGUUUAUCCAUUUAAACAGAAGCUGACCAUCUCAACUGCAAUCAUUAUUAUAACAGUCAUCUGGAUUCUGGCCAUCACAAUCAUGUGUCCUUCUGCAGUCAUGUUGCAGGUACAAGAAGAGAAGCAUUUCAGGGUGAUCCUUGGCUAUGGCAAUGAAACCCGCCCUGUAUAUUGGUGCCGGGAGAACUGGCCUAAUGCAGGAAUGAGAAAGAUCUAUACAACGGUUCUGUUUGCCAACAUCUAUCUUGCUCCCCUGUUGCUCAUUGUUAUCAUGUAUGCUAGGAUAGGCAUUGCUCUCUUUAACACAGCAAUGCCCACAGUGGGAAAGCACAGCCAGGAGCAGCGACACAGCGUGUCUAAGAAGAAACAAAAAGUCAUCAAAAUGCUCAUUAUCGUAGCGUUGCUUUUCACCCUGUCUUGGCUUCCCCUGUGGACUCUGAUGAUGCUCUCAGACUACGCCAACCUGUCAGAUGUCCAGUUGCAGAUCAUCAACAUUUAUAUCUAUCCUUUUGCUCACUGGCUGGCCUUUUUCAACAGCAGUGUCAACCCCAUCAUCUACGGUUUCUUUAAUGAAAACUUUCGCAGAGGCUUUCAGGCAGCCUUUAAACUUCAGCUCUGCCCUAGGAAGAUCAUUCACAGGGACAUCUAUUCCCAGCAAGGCCAAAGCAAUGCCAUUUUGCCAGCUGCCACCUACCAGACACCCCAGGAUCAAGCUUGUCAACAUGCCAAGGUGGAGGGGAAGCCAGUUCAGAAAGGAAAUUGGAUGAAUAACCAGCAAGAUUUGAUGAUGGAGGAUCUCGAAGAGCCCUGCAAUGAUGAGAUUAAGUGA